AUGCAUAGAUCAUCUGACUUGUUCCGUGUAUAUUUUAUUUUUCUGCCAUCUUCAAUAAAUUGUUCGGUUGAUAAAUUUCAAAUUUGCAUUCUUAUCAUAACGAAUUUCAGUGCAGCUAUGGACGUUAAGCUAUGUAAACUGAUACUCGGUGAUCGCCCAAUUCAUGUAACAUUACAACGCGCUCUUGGUUCACUGUCGUUCUUUCAGAAGUUGAAAUUAUUCUAUCAUAUCAUACUGUCGCAUGAAUCUUCUAUUACACAAGAGGAGAUAGAACGGUGCAAAAAGUCGGAUUUACUGGAAGAGUUACUGAAAGAAAUGGCUGGUGAAUUCCCGAUGCUUUCGAAGAUAUUCGUCGACGAGCGUGAUCUGUAUAUGACAGAUACGCUGCAUACAGUGCUACGACGCUCAACAUUUGACAAACGCGUAGCAUGGACGAAGACUGAUGGUUGGGAUUUUUGA